AUGUCAUCGCGCGAGUGGGUGACGUUGCUUAGUGAUGAUGGGUACAAGUUUAUUAUAGAUCGAGAAUGGGCCAUGCUCAGCGGAACAAUUCGCACUAUGUUGUCAACUGACGAUGGUGGGUUCUCUGAGGCGGAGAGUGGCAUAUGCACGCUGCAAAUUCGCGGUCAAGUGCUGGAAAAAGUCGUCGAGUAUUUACAAUGGCAUGCCCGAUAUUCGCACCAAUCUCAAUACCCUAUCAAGGAAUUCGAGUCCAAAAUACCACCAGAACUCGCUUUGGAACUACUCAUGGCAGCCGACUUUUUAGAAUUAUGA